UUAAUGAAAUUAGUGAGUCAAAUACGACUCCAUACCUAUAUAUGAGGUUAGCGGUUGCCAACUACUUUGGAAUGAAUGCCCACUUUUAACACCGGCCCCUCAACCAAUAAACACUACAAAAUACAAAUCAAAGAAAGUGAUUUGCUUCCUUUGUGAGUGGUGAUUCUCCUCUGUGUCUGGAUUCUCUCCCUGUUAAUCGUUAUACCCAAGGAAAGAGGCAAAGCCCAUGUUCUAUAUCCGUCUAGGUGGUCAAACAUCAGGUGGUCUUGUCUCAAAUGUCUCCCUUUAAAGGGAGAUGAUAUCUGAGUCUAUAGAGAAUACUUUGCUUAAGUUUCCUUCAUAAAAGUUUUGGAGAACGGUUUGUAGCUUCCUGGGAGAUGCAAAAAUGGAUAAACGGCAUAAUAUCACUAAAUAUAGGGAGAGGCUAGAUAGAACACUAUCAUCUCCCAAGCUAACAGAUGCUGAGUCUCUUAAGAGCCUUGUAAAGAAUCAAAUCCUACAAUCUUCAGGGAAAGAAACCGAAGGAUGUAGUGAUGCGGUAAUAGAAAAGAGGACCGGUGAAGUGUCGAAUUUUCUUGACAUGUUAAGGAGUGUCUCUGAGGUUGGCACUGAGGGAUCAAAAACUCAUGACACAGCAUCUCAUCCAGAAUGGAAAUUAAAGCAGGACAAUGAAGAGUUUCGUGUUAUGUAUCGCGAAGGGCCACAAGGCUCUCCCUUUCAUUCAUUACUUGUAGAAGGCUAUGUAAAUGGACCUUUAGAUGUUUGCUUAUGUAUUUCAUGGGAGUCAGCACUUUACAGGAAAUGGUGGCCUCAAUCGACAAUCCCAACUUUCAAAAUCCUCUCUUGCAAUUGUUUGCAGAAGGUUCGGAUCGGUGAACAGAUAUCUUUAGUAAGGGUGAAGGUUUCGUGGCCACUAUCAACUAGAGAAGCUAUUGUACACUAUUUUUUAUUUGAGUACCUUGAAGAUGAUCUUCUAGUUGUGAUCCUAAACACGGUCUCUGAUUCGGGAAGCAUUGAUGCUAGCACUCAUGGUUUCUCCGAUGAGGCAAUUCCCAAAGCGAAGGAUGUGGUUAGGAUUGAUGUAGUGGGAGGCUUCGCUAUACAGAAGGUUACAUCCGAAAGAAGUUACUUUCGGACAAUAGCUAGUAUGGAUAUAAAGCUGGAUUUCGUCCCACCAUCUCUUAUUAAUUUUAUCUCAAGGCAGCUCAUUGGCAAUGGUUUCAGACUUUAUCAAAAGGCAGUGGCUUCGAUGUUUACAGGUGAUGACGAAUUCAACAAAGCCUUGAAGGAUCCACUGUACACUAGAAUACGUGAAACUCUUUGCUCCACUAAUAAAUUAAAUGGAUCUUUGAAAGAAGAAACUGUAGAUGUAGUAGUAGUCGAAGAAGAAGAACUCAAGAGCGAAGCAGCAGAUCUCUCUGAAGUAAAAGCCACGAGUAAUUUGGAUUACUCGAAGGUAAUAGAUCAAAACAGUAAUUGCAAUAGCCACAUAGUUGAAUUGCCUGAGCAAGUUGCUGGUAGUACAGCCUCUUGUGAGAUUGUGGAGAUCAAGAGCGAAGACAGCAAGAAUUUUGACAAUAAAAUAUUAGUUGAGCAAAUGACAGAAACAUCCCAUGUUAACCGCAAGCGAAAUAUUAUUAUUAGCUCAGAUGUGGAACAAGCUCUUGGAACAUUGGAGAAAGUUAUUUCUAUGGUUAAAGAAUACGGAUUUAAUACCAAAACCCCUUCUUGGUUCACCAGCGAAAGGUCUCCCGAAGAAAACAAUCCAGAUGAGGACUCAAAAUCUGAAGGAGAAGAUACAGGAGUGUGUUCAAAUGUUGCAGUUACUGCUGAGUCUGGAAAAGAAACCACCGAAAGGACAUCGUCCCAAGAGUCCGUUGGAAAUGGCCCUGCCAUUCAAAACUCCAGGCGAGGAGGAUCGAACUCAUUUUCAAAGGAGGUUGGCCAUAACAGAAUAGCACCGGCUUCCCCAGAGCAUAAAAUCUCAAUUCCUUGUGAUGAUACUUACACCACCAAUCAGGUUGUUCUUAGUUCUGCCAAAACCGAGCCACCAGUGAUACCGAUUAUGAACCAUAAUAUGGCUACAGAAAAUAAUAAGCAUCCUAGCAGCGAUACGAACGGCGUCUAUAAAAGCAGUCCGAACAAAGUAAAGAAGCGUAAGAAGCAAAGAAGUUCUAGGCUUUGUUGCAUUGGCUAGAGUCCUUAGGAGAUGAGGCAGAGUUGAACAAUAGAAAUCUGAUUUUGAAGUAUGGUGGUGUAGAUGAAGCCUGACAUGGCUAAUACAUGACACAAAAGAGUGAAUUUGUAACAUCUUAAUUUAUUUAUGAAAAUAAACUUUAUAAUAUAGAAAGUAUUGUUGGCAUACAGAUAAGUUUAAUGUUCUUAGAUUUGCAUGAAUUCUUGUUAAAAUAUGCUGUAAAGAGAUUAUUUUUUUAUCUUUUACAAUAAGAGAUAGCUGGGGAGAUUCGAAUU